AUCCGAAUCCGCUGGCAGUUGUGAGCGGCGAUCGAAGUGCAAAAGACGCCGUCUAGUUGUAAAUACGCAAAGUAAACACACUCGUCUGCUGAACGGGAACCGGAAUCUCUUACUCAUUACAAAUCGAAUAAAAAGAGACGUUGAACUUCGCACUAAAACUAGGGCUUUGUACGGCAUUCAAAGAUGGAUCAGAAGCGAGCCAUGCUUUAUCCGCAGGUGGAUUUCAACACCCCGAGUGCCCCCUCGCCGACGCCAACGAGGGAGUUGGGCAAUCCCAUGGGCCUGCCCCUGGAGGCUCCUCCAUCGUACGAUAUGGCUGUGUCUGUUCCGGUGGUUCCAGUGGUUUCCGCACCAGCAAUUGCCCCAGCACCACCGCCAGUGGUCGUUGUCGAGCAGCCAGCACCACAGCCGCCUACAGUGGUGCCAGUAGGUUGGUAGUUUACUCGGUAGUUUUGGCAUAAAGCUCUCCUGACGUCACUUUCCGCUGUUGCAGACACCCUGCACUUGGGUCCCAAUCGAAGUAGGGUUCUUUGUCCCGCCUGCGGUGCCAACAAGACCACCAGGAUGACACACACGGCCAACUCUAGGACCCACAUGGUAGCAGGUCUUCUCUGCUUAGUAGGAUUUUGCUGCUGUGCCUGUUUUGUCCCCUAUUGCAUGAACAGUUGCCGCACAGGAAAUCACUAUUGUCGCAAAUGUAACACCUUCCUGGGAGCCUAUAAUCCAAAAGGGAUAAACU